CUGAACCUGCUGUCGGAAGACGUUCUCGUAGCUGCUGUCUGCCCUAUUCAUAUCGUUUGCCAGUCCGAGUCUUCUGCACUUUCUGCACAAUCGCGCAUUUAAGGAUGUCUGCAGUAAUCAGAAGAAUUAUCAAUACAACUUCAGCGCCAGCUGCAAUCGGGCCAUAUAGCCAAGCGGUGGUAGUGGAUCGUACCAUGUACAUCUCUGGCCAGCUGGGGUUGGAUGUAGCCUCGGGGCAGCUGGUGGCUGGUGGAGUUCAAGCCCAAGCCAAACAAGCUUUGAUUAACAUGGGUGAGAUCCUCAAAGCAGCUGGAUGUGGAUAUGGAAAUGUCGUCAAGACAACUGUCCUGUUGGCAGACAUAAAUGACUUCACCAGUGUCAAUGACGUUUACAAGCAGUUUUUCAGCAGCAACUUCCCUGCCAGAGCAGCCUAUCAGGUCGCUGCCCUGCCUCGGGGUGGUCUGGUGGAGAUUGAGGCCAUUGCUGUGUUGGGACCCAUUAGUGAUUCUUCCUGACUGUCUGGCCAAAAUUUGCAUAAACUGUAAAUACUCCCACCUAUGGAGCUUUAAAACUGGAUCAGUCGCAUAGCCAAAUGUUUAAGUUUACAUUCUGUCAAAACAUUCCUUUGCCAUAGAGACCAGUUGUAGUCAUUAUACCUUCUUUCAAGAUGCCUCUGUAAGCAUUUCACUGCAUUUCAUUGUAAUUGAGAAAAUGAAUUUGAACAUCAUCAUCUCAUCACUUUGUGUGACCCAUCUAACCUUUGACCAGCUCUAUCAUAUCUUGUGCACCUGCAUACAAAUGAAAGCCUCAAAUCCACAAACUCUUGGGAACAAAGCAACAUGUACAUUCAACUGAAUAUAUGUAUUCAGUUAAGAAGUUUGUGUCCGCUCUCAUCGGAGAUAUACAAGCAGGCUUUUUUGAGAUAAUUUGAUGAUUUAUGUCACACAUUCAGCCCUAUCUUGCGUAUGCAAGUGUACGAUAAUGUCAUGACUGAUCAGAACAUCUAUGCUUUUCUAAUAGCUGGAAUGAAACAAUAAGGUACAGUGUUCUUUACCAUUAUAUGCAAUGAAAUAAACAAUAUGCAAGAUCUCAGUAA